GUGUGGCUGGCUAGAGGGAAUAGAGGGGGCUGGGGCUGUGAACAUUGGACUUGUGGCCAGGGAGGGCCUGAGACAGAGAGGGAGAGCUCAGAUAAACCCUGCUGCCCGCGGUGUUUCCUGCUCCAGUUGCAGGUCUGGUGCUGGCCGCCAUGGAGUCCAGGUGGGAUGUGCUGAGCGCGCUGGGGGCCGUCACCUGCGUGUGGCUGCUGCUGCAGGUCGUGUGGGCGGUGGCCCGUGGAGUGUACGUCUACCUGCUGCCCCAGGUUCGCCGUGGUGCCCCGUGGCUUCGCGCACAGGGAGCCUGGGCAGUGGUGACUGGAGCCACUGGGGGCAUUGGCAAGGCUUAUGCACACGAGCUGGCCAGGAGAGGUCUCAACGUGGUGCUCAUCAGUCGGAGCCUGAGCAAGUUGGAGCAGGAGGCCAAGGAGAUUGAGCGGCUGCAUGGCCGGCAGACUCGAGUCAUCCAGGCUGACUUCACCCGGGGCAUGGAGAUCUAUGCGGACAUCGAGGCAGGACUGCAGGACCUGGACAUAGGAGUGCUGGUGAACAACGUGGGCAUGGUUUAUGCAGACAGCAAGCUGAAGAGGCUUCUGGAGUGCAAGGACCCUGGACAAAGCAUGACGGACCUGGUGAACUGCAACAUCAUGUCAGUGAUCCAGAUGACCCGCAUCAUCCUGCCCCGCAUGGUCACCAGGCACAGAGGCGUCAUCAUCAACCUCUCCUCGGUGGCCAGCUUGCGGAGCAUCCCAUUCUUUAUCAUGUAUUCUGCGUCCAAGGCCUUCGUGCGAAGCUUCUCCAACGCCUUGGCCACAGAGUACCGCCCCUAUGGCAUCACCGUGCAGAACGUGACUCCUGCUUUUGUCUCCACAAACAUGGCCAAUAACCUCCCACCCGGGCCCCUGGUCAUGCGGUCUGAAGACUUUGCCCGGGAGGCGCUGGACACUGUGGGCCUGUCGUCUGACGUCUCUGGCUGCCUGAGCCAUGCCCUGCAGAUUAGCCUGAUGACUUUCCUCAUGCCCCAGUGGCUUCUACACACUCAGUGGGGAAGCCAGCUUCUGAUGGAUCCCUACAACAGACUGAUGAGUGAGCCAAAUGAGCCGGUGUCAAGGCCCAUCCCUGCUCCUAAAGCGUGAGCUCAUGCUGGCCGUGUCCCAGAGGCCUCUCCCAUGCAGAUGUAAAUGAGGAGGUCCAUGACACCGAGUGGGUCGCAACCCCCCGCACUGGAUCCUAGGGCUUACCCCACCCUGGCACCAAGCUGUGUGCUGACCCCGGGGAGCCAGCAGGGGAACUCAGUAAAUACAUGU